CUGCUCACCACAGUUAAAACUCAUUGUAAUAAUUUACACACCUUAAGAGGUGACAGCCCUCAGAAUGUUCGCUGUUCCAGGAUGGAACCUGCCAGCGACUGUGAAGCCCCAAACCGCACCCCCAGAAUCCAAGAGCUCCAGCAAGAAAAGGAAGAGAAAAGAUGAGAUUGGCAGCGAAGAAGAGAAGCGCACAGAGGGCCUAGUCGACCUCGCAAAGCUAGAUGGCAACGGGCAGCUCGUGUCGCAGAAGAAAAAAAAGACCAAGGGAACAGGCUCAAACACAGUCGAGGUCGGAGAGAAAGGCGCGGCGACAAAGAAGUCGAGCAGAAACGACCGGCGAAAGAAAGCUCGAGAGGAGAGAUUGAAGCAAAAUGGCGGCGCCGUUACAGAACCCAAAGAAGCGGCGAGUAACGCACAAGCAGAAGAAGAACAGCCCUAUAAGAAGCGCAAAAAAGACAGAAACCCGGAGGCCUCGAAGGAGCUUGCCCCCUCCGUCCUCUCCAACCCACUCCCAAAGCCCACGAAACUCGCAAAAGAGCCCCCUCAAGCAACACCCGCAAUCGCGCCCAAGCCAACCACCCCGAAAUCAACACUUACUCCCCUCCAAGCCGCCAUGGCGCACAAGCUCUCCUCAGCGCGCUUCCGCCACCUUAACGAAACCCUCUACACCACCCCAUCCACAUCCUCUCUCACGCUCUUCUCCAAGAACCCAGAAAUGUUCGACGAAUACCACGCCGGCUUCAGUCAGCAAGUCGCCGUGUGGCCCUCUAAUCCGGUCGAUAAGUUCAUAUCCGACGUCCUGACCCGCGGCAAGGUCGGACUGCCGGACAGCCAGACAAAGAAGUUUUCCAAGGAUAAAGGGGCGAAGGGCCGGAAGACUGGCAAGGAUGCCGCAAACCCGAAUCUGAUACCUGUAAAUGCAGACGGUGCGAAGCCGCUGCCACGGAACUUCCGCUCAGGGGAGAGUGUAAUUGCAGACCUGGGCUGUGGCACGGCGGGACUGGCGACGGCGCUACAGAAGCAUCUGGGGAAGCUGAAGUUGAAGGUUCAUUCUUAUGACUUGCAUUCGCCAUCGGCGCUUGUUACAAAGGCCGAUAUCUCAAACUUGCCGUUGAGAGAUGGCGAACUUGAUAUCGCCAUUUUCUGCCUUGCGCUCAUGGGUACGAACUGGACGGACUUUGUGGACGAGGCAUGGAGAUGUCUGCAUUGGAAAGGAGAAUGCUGGGUCGGGGAGAUACGCAGUCGUUUCGGGCGCGUGCAGAGUGGUGUGGUGAAGAACUCGAUUGGGAGCCUCGAUAAACGGAAGCAGCAGACGCAAAAGCAUACACAGAAAAAGAACAGCAUCAAACGAAAGGCUAUAGGGUCUAGAGACUCAGACGACGAGAGUGAGCCUGAAACAAAGAAGGCCGCGAUGAAGCAUCCAGAUGAGUAUCUGAAUACUGAGAUCGAUGACCCGGACAUGCAUGUAGCGCAGAAAAUGGCCGCCGCGCAAGACACAGAACUUGGUCCUUUUCUUCAGGUCAUGCGAAAUCAUGGCUUCAGUCUGGAUGGUCAGGCUGAUUUGAGCAACAAAAUGUUCGUGAAGAUGGUGUUCAUCAAGAAUGUGCAGCCGGUGGUGGGAAAGAAUGUGAAAGAGCAACCAGUCGAAGUAAAGGGCAUGAAGGGAAAGAAGUUCAUCGAACGCGAUGAGCUGCUAGCACCAGAAGAGGAGGGCAAGGUGCUGAAGCCUUGUGUGUAUAAGCUAAGGUAGAUGAAAUGAUUGACAUAAUUACCUCUUCCUACUUGAGCGUACUCAGCCGCAACUAAACACUUCCCUAUCUCACUGCCACAUAGUGAUAUCAUGGCAUCAGUGCCGUUGGAAGCCAUUGAGGAUGCCCAAAAUAGCUUGAUCUGAUUGUUUGACAUUGAUCA